AUGUUUUAUAACCUUCCAAGAACUCCAUAUAUAAAAACAAGAGUACAACCAAGAGUUUUAUACAAUGGAUUUGAAAAGUACAAGUAAGUCUCUAUAACAGCACAAAAAUAGUAAAGGUUCAAAAUACUUUUGAAUAUUACCAUUAUUUAUAAAAGAAAAAGGAGUAUUAAGAUUAAUAGAAGGAAUUAUUGGAAGGAUUGAAAAUAGAGAAUGAAGAUAUGAAAAAGUUAUCUUAUUCAGUAAAAUGUUUUGGAGUUAGUAACAAAGAAGGAAAAUUUGGAGUUCAAAGCCAGCGUAAAUUUAUGGGUGGAUCAUUCGAAUCCCAACCAAAUUAUGAGGUGAAUGUUUAAAGUGAAAGAAUAUCUUAUCCUUUCAAGUCAAAACGCCUAAUUUCUAGCCGAAGAUAAUUAAGAGACAAAUAGAAACCCCACUCCGAAAUUCUCAAAUUGCCAGAGAGACCAGAAACAGUCAGAACAGAACUCGUCUCAAACGUCGAUAAAAUAGUUAGGAAAUCGCGCUUAAAGUUUAAACAAUAACAUUCUCAACCAUAGCCCGAGAUAGCAUUCGAGAAAGGAAAAGCUAAGUAUCAAUCUUAUAGUCGUCUCCUCUCAGAGGCCCAUAGUCAUGAAAGUUUUUAUAAAAUCCUUAGUCCUUGA